AAGGUAGAAACAAGAACUUCAUAUAAGAACGAAAUAGUCUUAAUUAAUGAACUGGAAAUAUCUCGAGGCUUGUGGAAAUUAGCAAAAAUAAAAGAAAUUAAAAGAGAAGGAAAUGAGGAUGUGCGAAAUGCCAUGAUUGAAAUGCUACAUGGAAAUUUCUCGACAGACUAA